AUAUUUCUCUUGCGUACGGGGGGAGAGCGUUGCGACCACGUUUUAAAUUAUAUAUUAUCAACAAAAACAUGCGGUGAUUUCAUUCUCAGAUUACGUAGAUAACUCGAGUGUAUCGGUCGCGUUUCGCAAUCGGCUAAGUUUAGUUAAUUUUACGCCGGUAAAAUACAAAUAUUACAUAAUGAAUACAAGCGCAUGCAACUGUGAUGAGGGUCUGCUGGUGGGCAUCGGGAACCCUUUGCUGGAUAUUUCAGCUUCUGUGGAUGAUGGCCUGCUUGCCAAGUACGACAUGAAGCCAGAUGAUGCCAUCAUGGCGGAGGAAAAACACAUGCCACUGUACAAGGAGCUUAUGGAAAAAUACAAAGCAGAGUUCAUAGCAGGCGGCAGUGUCCAGAAUACCCUCCGCGUCGCCCAGUGGAUCCUCAAGAAGCCCGGUAUUUGCACUUACUUUGGCUGCGUCGGGAAUGACGAGUAUGCUAGGAUACUCGAGACAAGAGCUGUCGCAGAUGGCGUGAUCGUAAAGUACCAAGUAACCGAUGAAGCACCCACAGGCACGUGCGCAGUGCUCGUCACGGGCACGCAUCGCUCGCUCUGCGCGAACUUGGCCGCUGCGCAGAAGUUCACUCCCGUGCACCUCGCCAAGGAGGAAUGCCAAGUGGUCAUUAAGAAGGCGAAGUACUUUUAUACAUCAGGUUUCUUCGUAGCAGUAUCCCCCGAAUCUAUUCUACAACUAGCGGAGCGCGCGCACUCUGGCAAGCACGCGUUCAUCAUGAACCUGAGUGCGCCGUUCGUCUCACAGUUCUAUAAGGAGCCGCUGGAGAAGAUCCUGCCUUAUGUUGACGUGCUCUUUGGCAAUGAGAGCGAAGCCGAAGCCUUCGCGACAGCGUUCGGCAUCAACGAAAAGGACCUCCAAGCGAUCGCGCUCAAAAUAUCAACCAUGCCCAAACUCAACCCCUCCCGACCUCGCGUCGUAGUCAUCACGCAGGGUUGCGAGCCCGUCAUACUCGUCGAAAACGGUAAAGUUACCUUAGUACCUGUCAACAAACUGUCAAGGGAUCAAAUCAUAGACACGAACGGGGCCGGUGAUGCUUUUGCGGGCGGGUUUUUAAGCCAAAUGGUCAUAGAGAAGGAUUACACGACUUGUGUUAAGUGUGGUGUGUACGCGGCUACGCAUGUGAUACAGCAGUCCGGAUGCACGUUGAGCGGCGUAAGCGACUUUAAAUCUAGCUAGAUAGGAGUUUUUUGUGAUUUUAUGUAAGGAAAGGUAGAUGGUUUAUAAAUGCAGCGAGAUACACAAAUAUAUAGUUGGUCAAGCAAAUCUUGUCAGUAGAAAAAGGCGCGAAAUUCAAAUUUUCUAUGGGACGAUAACCCUUCGCGCCUACAUUUAUUAAAUUUGCCGCCUUUUUCUAUUGACAUGAUUCGCUUGGCCAACUAUAAAUUUGAAUAGUCAGGCACUAAAACAGAUGUGAUAUAUGCUUCUGCCGCUGCUAGUCCGAAAUUAGGAAUCGGAAUAUAGUUUGUGGUAUCUGGUUUUUUGUGUAGAAAAACCUGGGCCAUAGACAACAUUUUAAGUUUAUUCCAUGGCCAUAGAGAUUCCGAUUCCUUAUUUCAGACCGUGUGGGAUGCGCCUUAUACGACAAAAAAACCGGAAUAACAAGAAUGUGUGAUUACAUAAAGACCAUUUACUUUUCUUUUUUUUCAUUUCCUGUUUUCCAUUUAAAUUUUGUUUAUAUUUCACAGCGUUAUUUUUUAAAUUAAGGGUAAUGUAUAAUUAAAUGCAAAUGGGCAACGCAAUACAGAACCACAUAGUGCUAAUAGCACCUAUUUGUAGAUAUCACACAAAUAAUGAGCACUUAUCAACCUACUAGAUGAUAAUAAUUAACAAUACAACUGCAAUAGAUCUUUAAUCCUUAGGACACCAAUACAGAGUUGUUGUUAAACCUUGUUAAAAUAAUAGUUUGUCUGCCUCAAUUUGUUGGGUAAGUUGGGUUAUUGCCAACUGUUACCACAAAGUUGUUACUGGUGGUAACUGAUUCUUUUUUCUAGCAGCCUAACAAAUGAGAAAAUAAAUCGCAACCCGGCUAGUUACUAGUUACCACCAAAAUUGGUGGCCACACUAGUAACUAGCCGGGUCCACACAGAGCGAGCAUACGCGCACACAAAACGGCCAGUGUAGACGUCCCUCGGUCGAGGCGCGCGUGUUGUAUCGACAUUUUUAGACUUGCCUCGCGCGCGCGGCACGUCUACACUGGCCGUUUUGUGCGCGAGGAAAUUGCCUCGCGCGUAUGCUCGCUCUGUGUGGACCCAGCUACUACCAAACGUUUUUUUUCUCAGUUGUUACCACUAGCAAAAACUUGGUGGUGUGCCAAUUUGUCUCACCGAUCUGCCGUUUUGGCACAACAGCAGGAUAAUGAGGUUGGCCGAUCGAAGUAUUUUACUGAUGGCGCCAGCAUAGGUUUUACCUGUCAAUCCUACGAAUCGUGUCAGUCUUGUUUUUUGUGGGACUGUAUGGCCUGGAUGUGUGGCCGUUUAAGGAAAAUCUAAAAACUACAGACAGGUAAAAGCUAUGCUAGCGCCAUCUAUAAAAACCUUUAGACAGUUGCGGUGGCCAUUGGGUGGUAGUACUUUGCAUGGCGACACCCCAAAUGGGGUUUGCGGUUUGCAGAGAUGGCGCCAUCAUAGCUUGCCCCUUUUUCUAUGAGAGGGCUGGCAUCCAGGGCAUUAAAAAAACCGGCCAAGUGCGAGUCGGACUCGCGCACCGAGGGUUCCGUACUUUUUAGUAUUUGUUGUUAUAGCGGCAACAGAAAUACAUCAGCUGUGUCACGGUUGUUGAGAUACAGCCUGGUGACAGACGGACAGCGGAGUCUUAGUAAUAGGGUCCCGUUUUUACCCUAUGGGUACGGCACCCUAAAACAAAUAUUUGACACAAUUCUAGGGAUUGACAGGGCAAGCUAUGCUGGCGCCAUCUGCUAAUUAUUUCGACCGUCCAACCCCAUUGGUAGCACUUUAGAUGUAACCGUUUUGAAUGAUUAGAGUUUAGAGUUUCACUAGACUUAUAUCGCAUAGGAGCUCGAAAACAAUACAAAAGGUAAUCACGGUCAAUAUCCCGGUUGAUAUAAGUCUAACUUUUAGUUAUUUUUUGUUUUACAUAAAUAAUUCCAGUUAUAGCAUUCUAGAACUAAAUAACACUUAACAUAAAUAAAGUAAGUAUUGUGAAAUUAAAAUACCUUGGUUGUUAUAACUGUGUUAUAUAAUAUAUUGUAUGAAUCGUACAGCUGUGUAAUAAAACCAAACUAAGUACUUAGUAUGACUUUUUAUAACCAACUUUAGAAACAGAUUUAUCGAAUAUAAUGUAGAUCUGAUGUCAGUUACAUGUAUUAAAUGAGUGAUAUUAUGUUUUCUGUAAACUUAAGUACAUUGUUACAAAGAGCAAUAUAAUAUUAAGUGUAUCACGAAAGUUGGAUUUAUUUAAGAAAUAAUGAGAUGUUUUAAGUUCUCUUAACCUAAGUAAUUAAAGUCAAAACUAGUAAUAAAAUCUAGCAUCUGAGCAAUACUUAUACUUACGAUAAAAUUUGUCUUAAACCUAUAAUUGUAUGGCCAUGUAAACUAACCUAAAGAUACACUCACUACCUUUGAUACAUUAUAUCUAAAGGCGUUUAUGAUAGUGUACAUAUUUCUAGAUCAAAUCUUCUUUUUUAUGGAAAACGGACCAAAUUAUCCAGUGUAACUGUAAAACUAAAUUCCUGCUUUUAUUUAUAAAGAGAAGUACCUAGUAGGGAAUGCAUAUGGUACUGAAUUUAUAUAAGCUGAUUUACAUUCGCGUGCGAGCCACGAGACGCUCGGUGUCGGUGGGCUCGUCUCGCGUGGAGAAGCGGUUUUUUGGGCACGAGUCAAAGGGGCUCGCGUCGCGCGGGAUGCUUGCUGUUUACAUUAGCGUUCGGCUGUCAUUCCGUUACAAACCUUAUACCGUGCCGUUUGUGUUUAAAAUCGAUUAGCUCGACGAGCUUACGAGCUGUGGCCGAGACACGGGACGAGUCAUGAGGCGAGAAUGUAAUCAUUAACUUUACGAGCUCGAGGCGAGACGAGCCAAGACCCGCGAAUGUAAAAUAUGACGAGAACCGGGAAUUCCCUGUUCCGGGACGGAUCUUGUAUAGGAAAUUGCGAAUAACGAAACUAUUUGGUAUAGUCUGCAUCUUUUCAAAUGACUUUUUCGUCUAAGACGGUAAUCUGUUAAACAAACGCCAUUGUUCCUUUUGUGCGAGCGGUCGCCCAUUGUGUACCAUUGAGUCUGAGCGCGUGCUACAGCGCGUGCCAAUGUCAGAGACAAUGGUACACAAUGGGCGACCGCACACACAAUAGGAACAAAGGCUUUUGUUAAACAGAUUACCGUCUUGGACGAAAAAGUCAUUUGAAAAGAUGCAGACUAUAUCUGCUUCUCUAUCGCACAAAUAUGAUAGAGUCAGACAACAAAAUUUAGAUUUUCGUUUUUCUCGGUAGGCCCUCAGUACCAAGAGCACACCCUAAGCAGGAGCCAGCUAUGUGCCACAGUGAGAUGGUAAUUUGACAUUACUGAUGUCUACCUAUAUUCUAUAUUACUUUCUCUUUUUAGCAGAUAACUGCCUCCUGUUCUUCAGGGCUGCUAGCACUGAGAAUAUUCACUUGAGCACAAAGUUGUAUUCAGAUACUUUUUGCUGGUAGUGUUGUCUAAAAGUAAAAACAUACCUUCUUUGACAAUAUUUGACAAAUCAAGAUAAUUUGGAAAGUAAACAACAGUAUAAAAAGGCAUGUUAAAAACAUCAAUAUUAUCAAUCAACAUAUGCAUAUAAUUCUAUAGCUUUGAUGCUUGGGCCAGCCAAGAUAUUCUUGGUAAAGAAUUAUGCUGUUUUAACUCUAUACUAUAGUAAGCUAUUUAAGGUGACUGCUAUAGUUAUUGGCCAUUCUUAACAAUAAAUUAAAUUAAAUUAUCAUAAAGCUUCAAUUGGCUUCUUUCUUAUUUGUUAGGAGUGGCCAGUUACUAAGUAGUGACCAAUAACUAGAUAACAGUCACCCUAUGUAAAGCUUAAAUGGUAACAAUUAUUAAUACUUAACUAAAUUCAAACUAUGCUAAUUCAGACUUAGUUAUAAUCAGUCUGUGUAAGAUCUCAGAUUUACACCAAUUACCAUUAUAGUUAUUCAAUGGAUGAAAACGCUAUGAAAAACAAAGCUAUCAAACCAUUUUGGCAAGAAAUAGUUUUACUAUCUUGCGGUAACAAUAAAAAUUUGUUAAUUAUAAUGUUAACAUAAAACACUAACAAUACUAUGUAUUAUGUGUGUCUCUGUAAAUGUUUUUUAAGGUUGUGCAAGAGGAUUUGUAUUGUAAUACUACCAGAUAUAGUUCCAUAAAAAAAUAAUAAUAAUAGAAUAGCACAUUCUUAUGAAAAACUAAUACCAGGAUGUAACUGAUGUAAGUAUGUAUGAAACUGAAAAGGUUCUGCGUCGAUGGAGCCUCCAUUGACACAGAAUCAUUGUUUAUCAAUAAAAACUAUAUCAUAGCGGACAAUAUGCACUGUCCAAUCAGGAGCAUUCAUCUCCUCAUCCCCUAAUAAAGGCAUAGACCUGUAAACUUCCACUAUAAUGAAGUCUUUUAUAUGGUUCAGCAUCUUUGUCAUCCCCCGUGUUACUCGGCCAGAGUAUAAAUCAGGAUUUAUCUUUGUAACAUCGUUCAUGUUGAGAUCAUAGUUUUUGUCUUUGAUUUGUAUUCUGUUUAAUUUUGACUCUUUCCUCUUCUUGUUUCUUUUUGACCUGUAAAUACAGUGGUUUUACAUUUUGUUGAUGAAUUACCAUGUUAUGAUUGUACUUAUGUUUGUAUUUGUUGUAGAAUAAAGGAUUUUUCUAAU